UAUGAAAAAAUUAAGAAGAAUAAAACAUUAACAUCUUUGCUAUCUCAACUGGAAAAAAUUAAAAAAAGAAAUGAGAAAUACAAUGAUAUGAAAUUACGAGUAGCUAAAAUGAAAACAAGUAAUACAGCAAAUAAAACAGAACUAUAUUUUCAAAAUGCUGAUAAGAGAAAGGAGUUGGAGAACAAAGAGAAUGUUCGAGAACAAAGUGAGGAAGAUACAGAUCUUAUUUUAGAUGAAUUUGAAGAAAAUAAUGAAUCUAACGAUGAAUGUGAUAUGGAAGCAGUUGAGGAUGAGGAUAAUGUUACAAAGAUCUACAUAAGCAGCAGAACACACAGUCAAUUAUCACAGUUUAUUGGGGAAAUCAAAAGAACAGUAUUCAAAAACGGUACUAGAGUGGUCACGCUGGCCUCUCGACAACAUUACUGCAUCAAUUCUGAAGUGAAGAGGCUGAAAAAUGUUAAUUUGAUUAAUGAAAGAUGUCUCGAACUCCAAAAGUCGAAAUCAAAGCCCACGUCAGUAGGAGAAGACGGUCAAGUCAUGAAAAAGUCGAAAACAAAGUCAUGUACUGGCUGUCCAUAUUACAAUCAGAACAACAUAGUCAAAUUAAAGGAACAAAUGUUAGUGGAUAUCAUGGAUAUGGAAGAUUUGGUGAAAUGUAGUAAAGAACUUAAAGCAUGUCCCUAUUAUGCAUCUAGAAUGGCACUGGAUGAUGCAGAGGUUGUCCUAAUAAGUCACGCAGGGAUAGUAAGUGCAGGAGCAAGAUCUGGUGUUUCUCUUAAAUUAAAAGACAACAUUCUAAUCUUAGAUGAAGCUCAUGGUCUUACAGCGGCUCUGGAAAAUGCCCAUUCAGCUCCUGUGUCAUAUAAACAGCUAUCGUCAGUGAAAACUUUUCUUCAGUUUUAUAUUAAUAAAUACAGAGCAAGAUUGAGCAGCAAGAAUCUGUUGUCUUUGAACCAGAUAACGUUUAUUGUUGGAAAGUUAUUAGGAGUAAUAAAACCGAAAACUCAAAACGAACGUAAACAAGAACUUACUACAAUAUACACUCUUGAAGAUUUCGUUAUAAAAGCAGAGAUUGACCAUUUAAAUUUACGACCUCUAGUUGAGUUCUGUAGAAGCACCAGAUUGGCUCCGAAACUCCAUGGCUUUUCGAUGAGGUACAAUCAACAGAUGUUGGAAGAGGACAUGAAGAAGACUGUUGUAAAGAAUAGUUCUUUCGAAGCUUUCAUAAACAAAAUUUCUAAAAAGAAAGUUGAAGAGGUUGUGGAAGUUAAACCUGAGAAGAAACCAAUUGCUCAGAUGCCCUCAGAAACAUCAGCAGGUAGCGGUCUGUAUGCGAUGCUGGACUUUCUACAAAUGUUGUGCGAUCGCAGCGAGAAUGGGCGCGUUCUAGCACGGAGUGGAGAUGACGGAAAUUUGAAAUAUCUGUUGUUGAAUCCCGCUGAACACUUUGCUGAUGUUGUUACGCAAUGCAGAUCUGUUAUAGUCGCUGGUGGAACAAUGGAACCAAUAAGUGAAUUUCGCAAUCUUCUAACCGUCAACAUAGACAAAUAUGCUCAAAUCAACGUAGUGAGAUGCGAUCAUGUAGUACCGCCUGAUAAUGUACUGGCCGUUUGUUUAUCAAAAGGUCCUUCUAAUCUGAAUCUCAACUUUUCUUAUGAGAAUCGAAAGAAGAAUGAAUUGGUAUUACAUAAAUUUGCAGUAGCGGUAAAGAACAAAGAACGUCACGGAGCACUAUUAUUCAGUGUCGUAGGAGGGAAACUGAGCGAAGGAUUGAACUUCAGCGAUGACUUAGGGCGCUGUGUCAUGGUUAUUGGCAUGCCAUACCCGAAUGUAAAGUCGCCAGAACUACAAGAGAAAAUGAACUAUAUGAAUGAAACUGUUGGCGGUGGAGCCGGCAGCAUUUACUAUGAGAAUUUGUGUAUGAAGGUCGUCAACCAGUGCAUUGGUCGAGCAGUACGCCAUGCCAACGAUUAUGCGAGUGUUAUAUUGGUAGACGAAAGAUAUUCGCGACCGCAAACUAUGGCUGCGUUACCCUCUUUUGUGCAAAAAUCACUAAUAUCCAAUUGCACUUUUGGACCAACUAUUGGAAGCAUUGCAAAGUUCUUUUCAAGACAUAAAGACAAGACUAAGUAAUAAAAUAUUCUUACAUGUGUCUUGGACCCUCCAUCUCUGGAAGGAAAUGACAACCUGCAAACAGAUUGACUGCAUGUCUUUUUUUUUAAUAAUAUGAAGUGACGGGACGAAUGACUCGUGCGCCUGAUGGUAAGCUACACGCCUGUCCAUAACAGUUGCAGUGCCACUCAGAGCUU